ACAAUCGUAUUUACAUCUGGGGGGAGACCACAGUCUGCAGAGUCCUGGCUGAGACAGGAGUCAUUUAUUUAAAACCCUGCGUUGAUUCGUUGCUCCCUUCGUCUCCUCAAUCGGUUGCCACAACUGAAGGCGGCGCUUGGCAUUCGUGUCGCAGGUGCAGAAAGCUGCCGGUCCAGGAAUUUUUACUACACUCCUCGUUAAGACGGACCCCCUUCCGCCUGCUGCUGCUGCUGCUGCUGCAGGCCUCCUCCUGGGGCAUUUUUAAAACCUCCCGAGGAUUGUGGAUCGACAUGGCUGAUACUUUAAGGAGAUUGACCAACACAUCUUCAUUCAGCGUCUUACAGGACAAGCUCGAGAGUUGGCACAAAGACUACCAUGUGAUUUCUUGUGACCAGAAUCUGAACAGAUGUUGUGAGCUGAUUGAAAUCACUGCCAAAAUCCAGGGCCAACUGUUUGCCAUCCUCAACCUUACAGCUGCAGAAGGUGGACACUAUGCCGGAGUGGACACUCUGAAAACACGACUACUACCAUGGCUCGGAUCCUGUUUCUCAAUGGCGAGGCCCUCAGUCAGUGAUGACACCAGUCUACAGCUCAUCCAGGAUUCAGCAGAGAAGGACAGAAAGAUCAGGGAGCUCUCUGCCUCCCAUGAGAAUGAUUUGCAGAAGCUGGAGACUCAGCUGUGCUCCGCUCAGCUACAGUUGGAGUCGGUCAGAGCAGAGCUGCUUGAUGCUCAGAAGGAACUGGAUGAGACAAAGAGCAAGUCUACAACCACCUUUCUGGCCACUGAAGAUGAAAUAUUACAACUGAAAGCUGAUUUGAGAUCCGCUCAUGAGCAGGUGGACAUUUAUAAGAGAAAGCUGGAAGCUCUCGAUGACUAUGAGCGGCAGAUUCGCCUGUUGAGAGAUGAAGUGUCUUACCUGAGCACAGAGAAAGCCAUGCUGCAAGAGAGGUUGGUGAGGAGUCGUUCUCCGAGCCCUUUGUCCCGGCACAGCCGCUCUUCCAGCCCCGGAAGGAGUGAGUCACCCACCCGAGCCCAGCUCACAAACUCCUCCCGCCACGCCCGCCUUGUGUCGCGCUUCAAUGACCUGUAUGCUGUGGAGCGUCUGGACGCCCAGGCCCUGCUUCGCCGCUACAUUUCUGACUUGGAGAUGGUCCAGAGAAUAAUCUUUAUUGCAGUUGUGGAAUCCUUCAAGACAGCAAAACUGGCUUACCGUCAGUUCAAGCUACGAGUCAGAAAGACACUGUCCACAUCUCACUUUGGGCCGGAAAGUCUAGAAGAUGCAGCUGUGGACUACAUCGUCAGAAACCUGGACCUUUAUGAUGUUCAGACCAGCGUCAAUGAUGUCAUCAAUGCUAUGAAUGUGAACCCUCGGAUCUCCUUCCCGCCAGAGGUGGACUUUGUCCUCAUUAGUUCGUUGAUCAGAGAAGCAUGCAGAGUGGCCUUCGCCAUGCAGACACUGGACCCUCCACUGGACUUGGGCUUUGCCACUGAUGGAGAACUAUACAAUGACAUCAAGUAUCGGCGCAGCUACGACUCUGAGUUCACUGCUCCUCUGGUGAUGUACCAUGUGUGGCCAGCCUUAAUGGAAGGAAACACUGUAAUAGUGAAGGGCGAGGCUGUGACUAGAAGUGGUGCUCUGUGGAGCCGAAGCCGCAGCAGAAGCAGUAGUACCAGCCCUGUGCGCUCUCGCUCUCUCAGCCCAACUCGCAGCCUUGCAUUUAACAGCAGAAGAAGCCUGUCUCCUGGACGUCUCAGAGCUAGCCACCUGUGACAUUUGGCCACAUGUGCUGAAAGUCAAAUGCAUGGUCACACUUGUGCUUCUACCAAAUAAACGGUGAACUGUU